AGAACCAAUCAGAAAGUCGAGGAAGUCGGAUACGCACAUGCACUAAUGCUUGAAAAAUAAACGAAAUCUGACAGACGACACUUUUGUUUGAAAAAAUAACUAUAGAUCAAAUAAUAAUUAUUAUUAAAUAGCACCAACUGUGUUUGAUACGGUAGUUUAAACAGCUGUUGUUGUACAUAUAUUUGCGCACAUUAGCAUUUGUUGCUAAGGAAGUGGCUACAGACUCUAAAGUGCUCGCAGUCCUGCUGAUCCCUAUCAGUCCAGCAGAGCAGAGGUGCAGGUGUGGCUCUGAGCUCCUCCACGCUGUUUCACUGUCACUAUGGCUCGCGUUGAAACUACUCCCAGCAGACCGUACCACCUGGUUAUCUUCGGUGCCUCCGGCUUCACAGGACAGUUUGUGGUGGAAGAGGUAGCCCGAACUGUGUCCGAGGGUCCAGGAGGGAACCUAAAAUGGGCCGUGGCAGGCAGGAGCAGACAGAAGCUGGAAAAAGUUCUGGAGCAGGCCGCUGGAGUCCUCAGUAUGUAUCUGAACCCAGGCAUUGCUCAUGCACACAGAAGCAUAUUGUCUCUAAAAACUAAAGCAGUGAAACAGCAGAGCAUCUUUUUAGUGUUUAAAUUAAGUGUUUUUCAGAGGUAAGGCUGUUACUCUGGAGAGCUGUGCUUUUAACCUCAUUUUCCAGGAAUGCAUUGUCUUGUGAUAAGGAAAAUUAGAGUCCAUCUGUCUCACAAGAGAGCCAUACGCAGUCUGACUUUGACCCUCAACGUUGACUGAACUCCAAAGUUCAAGAGAAGUUGCAAUAGAGUUGACAGAAAAACGUAUUUUUGCAAUUCAUUUCCACUAUUAUGAAAGGGUGACUAAUCUAACAGUGAGUCACUAUUUUGUGCUGAGGGUUUGUUCAAUGUUCAUAUCAGUCUGUAUCAACUCGAACAUAUGUCUAAAGUUUGUCUUUAUCAGCUGAUCAAACUUGAGUAUUAACAGAAAAUGUGAAACAGAAACUCUUUGCUUUGCUUGGACCCUGUCUGAAAAUGAAACUACCAGCUGCAAACUGCCUGAACUUUCACUUUAACUAUAUUGUUCAAACUUGUUAACGUGUAAGAUAUUGUGAGAUGUUUCAUUGAUGACAGAAAUAUUAUAUCAUAUAUAAAAUGGAUUAAAGAGCAUCAUCUGUUUUAUAUUUAAAAGAUAGUCAUUCCGCUCCUGUCGACAUAACAAAAUCAACUUCACCCGAACACUUUCAGUUUUGGAGGUGUGACAAAUGUUUACUAAAUAUAUUUGUAAUGCCAGUAAUUUUCCAGACUGAAUUGUUUUAUUUGUAUCCAUGCAACUCUCUAAACAUAGCAAACAAAAUCUCUCUCUCGAUCAAAGCCAGAGAGCUACUUUGCAGCUGUGAUCGUGUUAUUGGUUCCAGAGGAUUAGGGGGGUAUUCUUUGGUCCCCUGCUCUUUGGCUUCUUCCUCAGGGAGUGUACAACAGCUGAUGGAACAUACCUGCCCACAGUGCAGCGUCCAGCCAUGAGAGCACCCACAGGACCUGAUGAGUUAGUCAUCCACUGAACAACUGCAGGAUGUCUGCUUUUUUUUGACAGUAAUUUGUCUUUACUCCUGAUAUAACCAUGAGUUUUGUUUCCUUGCUCCUUCUCUUUUGGGUUGCCCUUUCUUUACAUUUAAAUGAAAAUCACACAAGCGACCAGAAAAACACAACAUUUAUUUUAGUAGACCGUUCUGCAAAGACUAAUGUCGAAGAAUUUAGCUACACUGUGAGUAAGAAACAAACCAUAGUGCAUAACCUGUGUGUCCGUCUGUGCAGGUAAACCAGAGCUGAGGACUGAGGUGGACAUUAUUGUGGCAGAUGUAGGAGAACCAGACUCUCUGGCAGCCAUGUGCAAACAGGCUGUGAUUGUCCUCAACUGUGUGGGGCCUGUAAGUACACUACUCGAAUUUGUGUGCUGAUUUUAUUUAUUUUUUAACUUAAGUUAUCUUUAACAGAGAUAUAAACACAGAGGAACAGAACUUGUGCUGCACAUGGUCUCAUCUCCCUUUUGCAUCAGUGUAGCAGAACUUACCCCCAUCUCUCUGUCUGUCUCCCUCUGUGUGUCCCUUUCUCCCUCUCUCUCCAACAUACACAGAGCAGCCUUUAUUAACACAGUGAGGACUGCUGAGUUACACACAAUAACUCCGAUUGUGCUCAAAUCUGAAUUGAAAGAAGGUUUCCAUCACUGCUCUGCAUCCUGUGCAUCAUCAUUUAGGUUCUUGUUCCAAGCCAAACUGUGUCACUACACUAACCGUUACUUUCAUUUUUCUUCAACUGCAUAUGGAGCACAAAUGAAAUAAUUUAGUUAAACCAGGGUUAGAAGUAUUAGACAUUAACUUGUAAACCACAGGCUCAUUAAAUGUUUUAAGGAAGUGUUUAUGAGAAAAAAAUCUAUCACUUAAAUAAAGAUCACAGACCACAAACAGAUGGUGAAGUCUAAUGGAUAACAAGAAUCCUAUGAUUUAUUGUUGACAUGUAAUUUGUAUGACAGUAUAAUGAGCAAGCUCAACAGGAUUUCCUCAUCAAGCUAGAUCCUGUAAACCAGCAUUUGUUUACACUGUCUCUUCAGCAACAUGAAGACAAAUUAAGAAUACAACAUGAAUUAACUUGUGCGGGUUGGUCUGUGUGUACAGUACAGGUUCUUUGGCGAGCCUGUGGUCAAAGCCUGUGUGGAGAACGGAGCCCACCAUAUGGACAUCUGUGGAGAGCCUCAAGUACGUGCAGGGCGCUACUAUUGGCUGUAGUUUACAAUGACAGUCACUACAUUAAAACCUCCACAGGAGUAGAGCUUGUUUUUUGUUUUGUUUUUUUUUAACCCGAAAAGUAGCAGCCAAAACAUUUUUUGAAUCUUGAGAGAAUUAUCUUCACAAAUUUCUUUAACUUCUGUUUGAUAAUUAAAUGCCCUGCUAUGAUACUCAAUUUGUAUACUAUUCCCAACUUUUAUCAAUUUGCAUCAAAAGAGUUUAAGCCAGUUGUUUUGUUUGAACUUGCUUGAUAUCAGUGGUAAUUACAUGGUUAUAUUCCUGCCUAAGAACUUAUAAUGUUGGUUUUGGCUGGAUAUAAUGAAAGUUGUGUUGAGUUUUAACUUGUCACUUGAUUGUUUCAUAACUUGGCUCUUGAGCAAUGACAAAAGACACAAGUCGCCAAACUAAAUGAAUAAUUCAUAAAAUUUCGACAUCAAUGAACAGGAAGUUAGAAUGAAUAUAAUGUGUGAAGUCAAUGUUAAUGGGUAGUGUGUAUGUGGGUGUCCAAGCAGGUGGAGAGAGAGGCUGCAAGAAGCUGGUUUUUAUUUUCUUAAUGAGUGCUUCAGAUCUCACAUGAUUUAAGAAUCAGCUCCUCUGAUACCUGCAAUAAAAUAUCUGCAGAUUAUACAUAUGACCACCAGAACAUAAACAUACAAGCAGAUGCUGUCACAUCUGACAAAGACACAAAAACAUGAUCUCCAUGCUUGUAAUAAACCUUCAAUAACCAGCUGUUUUUUAAUACCCUUUUAUUAAUUGUCUGACUGUUUGCAGUUUCUGGAAGGGAUGCAGUUGAACUACCACAGCGAGGCAGCAGAAAAAGGUGUCUACAUCAUCGGAAGCUGUGGUUUCGACUCCAUACCUGCAGACAUGGGGGUCAUCUACACCAGGGACCAGUUCAGAGGUAUCAACAUGCAUGUGACACUCACGCACACUCACACAGACAAGAGAACUAAAAAACAAAAGUCUCUCAGAUAUCGUAACGUGAAAUGAUACAUCCACUAUCUUUCUGCUGCUGCCAAUGUGAACUCAUUUUCAUAUCUUAAUGUGUGCAUGUGUGUGUCCUUCUUUGUGCGUUUAUCUACAGGAACACUGACUGCAGUGGAGAGCUUUCUAACCGUCAACUCAGGACCCGAUGUAUGUAACUCCAUUACCCAUAAGUCUAUGCAGUACUCUUGCUUUUCAUCUAUCAUUUGAUCACCUGCUUUUCUCCUAAUUUUGCUAGUUUAUGUGCACUCACUUUUUAUAUUCCUCAACAUUUUUCCCUCCUUUCUGAAAAGUGUCUCAUUUUCUCUUUCUCUGUAUUCACUUUCUCCAUACUUACCCUUUUGUAUGUGUGUGCGUUUGUGUAUGUGUAGGGUGGAUGUAUCCAUGAUGGCACAUGGCAGUCGGCCAUUUAUGGGUUUGCAGACGGUCACAAGCUCCAGAGUCUGAGGAGGAAGUUUAACCACAAACCUCUCCCUACAGUUGGCUCUAAGCUCAGACGCAGGUACUGAGAGCAGUAACUCUUUAAACCACAGAAAUCAAACGAUUAACUUUUCCUGUUUGACAAACUUGGUCAAUGAUUUUCAGACACUAAUCUGUGUUAACAUUUCGAGUAUUGACACUGUUUGAGAGGAACACAAAGACAAAUGAACUAAUAAAAAAUAAAAUGACUUUGUAUUAUAUAAUUUAAUAAUUAAUCAAUUGAACAAUAUAUCAUAGGAAUACAGCAGCCGAGUCUUUUUUCAAUCUAGGCAGUCCAAGUUACACAUUAAGCCGGACUUUGUGAAGUUAGAAAAACAAACUAAUCAGUGCUCUCUAGUGGUCAAAUCAUGUAGUGUCUCUUAAACACAUAAUCUUUGUAUUUCAACUACAAUUUUCUUUUACCUAUUAAAGUUUAUACCGAUACAGCUUAACCGACACGACAAAGCAACAGCUGGAACAUUUAAUCAGGGCAUAAACCUUGGACACCUUUUGAUAACUGGUUGAUGAAAAAGAAAUCAGUUUUCCCACCAGGCUGAAACCCACAGGCCUUAGAGAAGAUGACAGCAUAUACCUCACACUCUCAUCACUGAAGACGUGUUUCCUCAGCUUGUAUUUCUGUGCAUGUGUGUAUUUGUAGGGGAACGCUGUUCUACAGUAAUGAGAUCCAGCAGUAUACAGUGCCCUUCAUGGGCUCUGACCCCUCUGUUGUAAGGAGAACUCAGCGCUUCUUGUCAGAGGAACACCAGAACACACCGGUCAGUCUUUCACUUUUCUUUGUCUUUGUCAUUGUCACACUCAGUGCUUACAUUGUAUUUCUAACUUUGAUUUCAGAUUGUGUCACUGACAAAUUUUUCUGAUAAUCAGACUUGUGAUCAAUCAAAUAACCUCAGACUGUCUUUUCUGGUCUUUAUUAUUGAAUUCAUGAGUAAAGCAACUUGAUAAUUUUGCAGGUAGACUUCUUUCAAAUAAUUUUUUCUGGUAUAAACACUAUAAAUACUAUACACAACAGCUACUGACCUUCUUCUGCUUCUAAAGGGUUAAAUAAUCUUUUUUUUUUGUGUUCAUUUUAGGUCCAGUAUGGAGCGUACGCCGGCAUUGGAGGAAUCGGGAACAUUUUCAAGCUGAUGUUUGCCGGCAUGAUGUUCUGGUUCUUGGUCAAGUUCAGUUUUGGACGUAACCUGCUCAUAAAGGUGAACAAACUUCAUAAAAUGUACAUCAUGCAUCACACAGUUCAAGGCUAAAACUUAAUAUUCUUAUAUGUUAUAUUUCACACACUGAGAGCAGAGACAUAUUUCUGUCGUCAUGUCUGACUGUUUUAUUUGAACCUGACUUUUAGCACCCAGAGUUCUUCAGUUUCGGACUCUUCUCAAAGGCCGGACCAAGCAGGAAGCAGGUAAAGUGCUGGAAAAAGAAGUCAAUACACUUGGUUAAUUGUCUCCCAUGGUUCUGGUCAUUAAAUUACAAAAUAAAAUAGAUUUAUUUAAGGGAGAAAGAGGCCUAGAAGCUGACACUUUGUUGCUGAUUUGCAUGGUCGUGUUUUAGAUGGAGGCUUCAUCAUUCCAGUUUGCCCUCUAUGGAGAGGGUUACACAGAGGGACAGGACCCCUCCCAGGGGAAACCCAACAACAAGAUCCGCACAUUGGUUCAGGGACCAGGUAAGCAGCUUAUUCUUGGUUUUCUUUAAAUACAGUAAUUCUGAAAAUGAUCAGUGUGACCUUCUAAGACAUCCAUGAAUGCAGCUACAAAGCAUGAAAAGAAAGUCUGCUUAGUACAUGUGUAUUAUAAUAUUAACGUGUCUACGUCUUUAUUCAGAGUGUGGAUAUGUAGCCACGCCUAUCGCCAUGGUGCAGGCUGCUCUAACCAUCCUCAAUGAAGCUAAAGCUUUGCCCAAGAUGUAAGUAACUAAACCUGAAACCCACCGCCUGAUCUGGAGAUGCCUUUACACACACAUACAACUACAGCACCAUUUAGAUGUUUAAAAUGUCACAGGUCCAGUUGACAUGUGCUGAGUUUGUUUGAAUUGUUGAGAUAUAAAACUAAGUUUGUUAAAUCCAUUUUACCAGUCCAUGUAAAAUCUUGAAUUUUCAUGAACUAGUUGGUUAAUAAUCAUUAAAGAUACAAGGAGAAAGGGUACCAGGAUACAAAAUAACAGCAUUGAAAAACCUUCAACAUGUGAGAGUGGGCUUAAUAGUUAACUCACUUUGAUAGAGCAAGACUUGCUGGUAUUUAGCUCAAAUCACUACGGCAACUCUCCUGUGCAGUCUUUUUAAUCAAAUAUUUAUUACAUCACAUAAACAAGCCAGAGAAAUAUGUGUUCCUGUUUCUGCAGAACUUUAGUUUGAUAGAAUUCCAACAACUUUGUAAGAAACUAGUUCAGGCUUUAACUGAAUCCUGUUUUUAUUUCUAGGGGAGGAGUGUACACUCCAGGAGCUGCUUUUGCCAAAACCACACUGAUCGACCGCCUGAACAAACACGGCAUCCAGUUUUCCGUCAUCUAAAGUUUGCCCCCUUCCUGAUGCUUCACUGCAGGUUUUCCUCAGCACUUACUAAUAUGCAGAAUAACAACAGGCAAGUUUCAAAAGAGCUUUUCUUAGGGUUGCUUUGAUUCUUUGUUUCAUAGGACAGAAACUUGUCUGUCUCCCUUUAGCUUGAAUGUACCUACAAAAAUGUGCUUGUAUGACAGAAAGCACAACUAGCAAAGAACAGUAAGAGAGUGCUUAAAUUUUCCUGUGACAUUAUCCUUGUUAAUAAAAUACACCAAAGUCGCAGCUUUGUUCACUUCACUUCUCUCAGCAUAUUAUGGCUCAUAUUUUUUAGCUAAAAGGAUGAAAACACAAUUUCUUACCAUUCUGAUAAAGCAGGUGAUAAAAGGGACAACACGCAGGACGCUGUGUGAAUUACUCAAUUUUAAGUGGCAUUACGGUGAAAGAAGAAAACUGAUAAUCUGACUGUGAAAUGAACACAUCUCUGCAUCCAUCUCAUCUAGAUAAAUAUGGACUCCUCGUGAGCAAACAGACCUUCACUGAGGUAUUCAUCCACACUGAAGGAGACAGUCAAACCAGAGAUACAAUCAAAUGAUUUUUGAUGUCCUGUGUUGUAUAGUAGCUGCAGUAUAGUGGGCUAAAUGCUACACAGUAUCAACAUAUAAUGGGAAAAUUUGACCGAAGUAUUGUGGAUUUGAGUUCAGUGAAGUAGAGAAAAGUUAGAGCUCCGGUCAUAGUGAACAGUAUUUAGUCUAAUGAAAAAAACAACCUGCUGUAACUGUAGCAGCUCAUGUGCUCUUUUUGUUCAGUGGUGUGAAGCUGUGGACAGAAAAGGUACAGCUGAGAGGUGUAAGGUGAAGAAAGACAAAAACCAAAGUUUUCAGUGUCAUGAAGCUGUUACUUAAAUUCAUAUUGACCCAGUUAAGACAAGGUUGUAUUUAGAGUUUCAGCUCUGCGUAUUUCAGCCUGUUAACUGAAUCUCCUCCUGACUAUCAUUGAAACACCAUCUUCUCUCUUCAAUCUUAUUUUCCUCGUAACUGAACGUCCCAAACUUUUGUUGGAUCCAAAUGUUUACCAGAGCCCAGGCAGGAAGUGAGUGACUGUGAUUCUGCAUGUCAUUAUUGCUGCAUGUAGCUGAAUGGAUCCUCUCUGCUGUUCUGUUAACAAGUGUGGCAUUUUUCCUCUUUAACUGGAGUUUUGCUUUGUCUCUUUUGUGAAUUGGAGGGGUUUCCUUGCAGGAUUGUCAGUCUCAGUCCAGACAUGUUCAAGUGUUUGAGCAUUCUGUGUGACCAGCUACUUUGGGGUUUUUGUUGGACACAUGUCAGACCUAAUAAAUGAAGCUAACUCUGCUGAUGGAGACAAUCCU